AUGGAGGACGAGACCCAGAAAAAAUCCCAUCGUUAUAUUGCGCUUCACCCAUCCCCUAGUGAUCUCUUUUUACUUUUCCGUCUCGUACGCCAUCGCGGCGUGUCUUCCAAGUCCACCUUCUACCUCCUCUGUCUACACCUCGCUUCUUUUUUCCUCGACGGUAUCUUUAUGAUCGUUGAGAUCGUCUUAUGGCGAUGCUGGCCGUCGGAGUAUGCUGCUGCCGGUUUACUGUUUUGCAUCCUCAUAUUUGGUAUCCAGCUACGAACAUUGAGCAGGGAUUCUUACGUGGCGCGCUAUCCUUUCUACGGCUCGUGGGCAAUUGCGUUCCUUUACGACCUCGCGAGCGCUGUGUCACUAUUUGUCACCGGGAAUGCUGCCUCGAGUCGUAGCCCACCUCUACCGAGCCAUACACCGUCCUCUCUCCUUCAAUUAAAGGCUUGCAUCGCGAUAGUCCGAUACGUGAUUAUCCUAGGUCCUAUCCUUACCCCCUUCGUUCGUAAGAGUAGCGAUAGAGACUUCGAUGACGAACAGGCACCCCUCCUUUCCACCACAGAUGCUGGAUCGCCACACGACGACGAGAACUUCUUGAACAGAGCAAAGAGGUUCUCCAUUCUAUACCCCUACCUCUGGCCCGUCAGGGACCGUAUGUUGUACCUCCGAAUCGGGCUGACGGGUCUCUGUCUAUUACUGAACGUUGGGGUUGUUUUCCUGUCGGGCCGUCAGUUUGGCGUCGUAGUGGAUUCCCUCGAUGGAAGUUCGGGGAAGAACCCGUGGAUUCAGAUGGCUCUUCUCUUUCUUUAUCAAUACUUGCUGUCGCCCGCUGGCAUCAGUUUAGUAAGAGGAAGAGCUUGGAAGUCAGUAGAGCGCUCAUCGAGGGGCGAGUAUACAUAG